AUGGCUGAUGUUGCUGUCAACCUCUUGAGUUUAAGGAUUGUUAUUUCUUGCCUAGGGCUUGUGGGUAACGUAUUUCUUAUCCUGUCCAUCCUUCAGACCAGAUUCUCCCGACUUAAAUCCUUCGAGCUGUUUCUUCUGGGAUUGGCAGCAGCAAACCUGGAGGAAAUAAUCAUCAUAAACAUCUAUGACGUUGCCAUCCUUCAAAUGUCCUCCCUUUCUGCUGGGACCUGGUCGUGUCGCCUGCUGAGGUUCAUGACUGUGUUUGGUGAAAUCGGCAGCAUCCUCUUCACCGUCCUCAUCAGCAUCUUCCGCUAUCAGAAGUUGAGAGACGCCGACAGGAGGGUGAAUCUCCCGAUAUACCUGGACAGCAUCCGGUCGGCCUGGAUGAUGAGCGGGGUUUGUGUGCUGCUCUCAGUGCUGCUCAGCCUCCCCACGUUCGUCCUGGACCUUCAAGAGUCGGUGGUGAACAUCACCAGAAACAGCAGCGGUUGUCCUCCAGACUUCUUCCAGUGCAGCCAGACUUCCUGCCCCCUCCUCAACCGAGUGUACAAGUACCUGUUCACCAUGAUGUGCUACCUACUGCCCCUGAUCGUCGUCACGGUGACUGGCUGCCUCAUCCUCACGGUGCUGCUGAGGAGGAGGAAGACGGUGACUCCGGUGGUGAGCGUUAGCUGGUCAAACCAUCUCAACAGGAAGAGCAAAGAUCCAAAGCUCCAGCGAAGCACCGUUGCUGUUCUGGCAGCCAUGGUGUUAUUCCAGGUGGAGUGGACUCUGUACCUGGUCUUCCAGUGGAUGUUUAGCUCGGGUGACUCUCAUUUUUGGGCUGAAAUUGAGUUCCUUAUCUCGACUUCCUACACAUCCAUCUCUCCGUAUGUGUAUGGGGUUGGAAAUAACCUGUUCUCCCUUAAAAGCUGUAAAAACAAGUGA